UAACAACAAAAUGGAGCUGUGGAAAGUAAGCAUAUUUGCAAUAAUAGCCAUUUAUUAUUGUAGUCAAGUCAACUUUGUUGCUGGCCUGGAAUGUUAUGUUUGCUCCAAUCAAACGGGUAAUGUUGAAAAAUGCCUGAAUACCAUUAAAACCUGUGAACCGGGCGAGGAUGUCUGUGGCACGGAAAUUCGUUGGGGCAGUCAACCAUAUUUCUCACAGGGUGCUCUGAAACAGUAUUACGUUUCGAAACGUUGUAUGACCAAACAACGCUGCCAGGCCCAACGUAAACGUCAUAUGCCCUAUUGUACACACAUUUGGUAUGAGGAUUGGUCGUGUCAUGAAUGCUGUCAGGGCGAUCGUUGUAAUUAUUUUGUUAUUGUAAUUUUAUACUGGAAUGCAGUGGAGCUAAGGUCAUGGAACUAUAAUUUGGGUUUAAUUAAAUAUUUAACAAUGCAACUUGAUCAAAGUGAGGGUAGUGGAUACCCAGUAUCCAUCCUUGCAAAUGCCUACUCGAUAAGCACAAAACGAAACUUAGUACAGAUUUGA